AACUCCUACCUUACCUUCGCUUCACUCCCUUUACUCAUCCAUAGCCAGCGCUCAUUCCUCUCUCUGUUUUCUUUAUUUCUCUGUUAAUUCUCUGUUUCCUGUCUUCAUUCGACUCUCAAACUCUUUUGCGACUGUUUUUUUUUUUUUUCCGUGCCAUUUGAUUUCAGCGGUCCUUUGUUGUUGUUUUGGUUGACUCUCAUUUCUUGUUCUAGUUUGCUUUUGAUCUGAGAUUUCAGGUUGAAAAAGGAAAAAUAGAAAAAAAAAAUGGUUCUAAAUAUCUUUGUUUCCAUGGUCACACAGCUAAUUAAAGAACCCAUCAAUGAAUAUAUUGUUGGUCCAAUCAUACGGCAUAUGAGUCAUCCUUUCACCUGCAAGAGCAAGUUUGAGACACUUCAUCAUGAGGCUGAGCAGUUGAGGAACAAAAGACUCAAGUUGCAGCAAUCCGCUGAUGAGGCUAAAAGAAAAGGGGAAGAGAUAUACGAAAGUGUCGACAAGUGGCUGAUCGAAGCGGGCAAAGCUAUUGAAGAAGCUGAUGAAUUUAUCCAAGGCGAAGAACAAGCGAAAAAGAGGUGUUUCGUUGGAUUAUGUCCUGAUUUGAAGACGCGCUACCUUCUUAGCAAGAAAGCAGAGAAGAAAGCGUUGGCAAUUGAUAAGCUUGUGAAUGAAGGCGACCAUGAUCCGAUUUCCUUUCGUCCCCGUAUACUGCAGAUAGUUGCCUCAUCAGUAUAUCAUCGUGAGGCCUUGAAUUCAAGAGUUUUGUUCUUGAAGCAAGUUAUGGAUGCUCUGAGAGAUCCUAAUCUUAACAAGAUUGGAGUUCAUGGAAUGGGAGGUGUGGGGAAGACCACCCUAGCAAAAGAGGUCCACAGGCAAGCUAUAGAAGAGAAGCUAUUCGACGAGGUGGUUAUGGUUGCAGUGAAUCAAAUACCAGAACUCCGAAGAAUUCAAUCGGAGGUAGCUGAUGUCCUGGGCCUGACAUUUGAUGUGGAGGGAAUACCUGGAAGAGCUAAUCGACUAUAUGAGAGGUUGAAGAAAGAGAAGAAGGUACUUAUAAUUCUAGAUGAUAUUUGGAAACAACUUGAUUUAAAAGCAGUAGGAAUUCCCAUCGGGGAUGACUGCAAAGGAUGCAAAAUACUGCUAACCUCAAGGGACAAACAUGUACUGUCCCAGAUGGGCACACAAGUUGUUUUCCACCUUGACGUUCUACAGGACGAAGAGGCGUGGAGUCUGUUUGAAAUGACUCUGGCAGAUGCUGAAGAUUCAGAAUUGCCUCCCAUAGCCAGGGAAGUUGCUAAAAAAUGUGCAGGAUUGCCUCUUCUAUUACUCACAGUGGCGACAGACUUGCGAAAUAGAGAGUCAUACGCAUGGAAUGAUAAGCUGAAGCAGCUAUCUGUGUUUGACAAUGAAGAAAUAUAUGCAAAAGUACACUCAGUUCUGGAGUCAAGCUACAAUGAUUUGCCUGGUAAUGAAGUCAAGUCGUUUUUCUUACUUUGUGGUCUGUUAGGACUAUCUAAUAUUCCAAUCCGGUCCUUGCUGAAAUACGUCAUGGGUCUAAGUUUAUUCAAGCACAUUUCUACUGUUAAAGAAGCAAGAAACAAAGUUUAUACUUUGAUUGAUACCCUCAAAGCAAAAUGCUUAUUGAUAGACGCUGAUAAGUAUGGAUUUGUGAAAAUGCAUGAUGUUGUUCGAGACACUGCUUUAUUGAUUGCAUCUAGAGAGCAACAUGCGUUUAUAGGUACAAGAAGCGGCAGUGAGUUGAUGAAAUGGCCAAACAAGGAUUCCGCCAGAAUUUCUCUGCCUUAUUGUGAUAUUGAAGAUCUCCCUGAAGGGUGGGAGUGCCCAAAAGCAGAGCUACUAUUACUUUUCACUGAAGUUCUUUCUUUGGGAAUCCCAGACCUAUUUUUCAAGGGGAUUAGAAACCUCGAAGUAGUGGAUUUUACUGGGAUGCGUUUUGUGUCCCUUCCUUCUUCACUUGCUUUCCUAUCCAACCUUCAUACCCUUUGCUUGCAUCGAUGCCAACUGGAUGACAUAGCUAUCAUCGGAGACUUGAAGCAACUACGAGUCCUUAGUUUUGCAAACUCCUACAUUGUUGAGUUGCCCAGACAAAUAGAGGAACUGACUCGACUAAAAUUGUUAGAUGUGAGCGAUUGUUCCAAACUCAAAAUGAUUCCUGCAAGUGCCUUAUCAAAGCUGUCCCUGCUAGAAGCACUGUAUAUGAGUAACAGCUUUGAUCAGUGGGAGGCCGAUGGGAUUAGAAAUCAAGGCAAUGCAAGCCUUGCUGAGUUGGAAUACUUGUCUCACUUGAUGACUUUGGAAGUACAGAUACUGGAUGCCAAGAUAUUACCAAAACGCCUAUUUUCUAAUGGGUUGCAAAGCUAUAGAAUACUCAUAGGGUAUGGAUGGGACUGGAAUGGGAAUUAUAAAACCUCCAGAAUGCUGAAACUUAAGCUCAAGACAAGCAUUCAUUCAGAGUAUGGGGUCAAAGUGUUGUUGAGGGAGACUGAAGAUUUAUAUUUAGAUGAAGUGAGAGGGGCUGAGAAUGUGUUGUAUGAUAUUGAUGGGGACGGCUUUCCGCAAUUGAAGCGUCUCCAUGUCCAGAACAAUACUGUCAUUCAACAUAUCAUCAAUUCGACAAAGUGCGCUGCAUGUGAUGCCUUUCCCAUUCUAGAGUCCUUAAUUUUGAAAAAUUUAAUGAAUCUGGAGAAGAUUUGUCAUGGUCAACUCGCUGCAGGAUCUUUUAAUAAAUUAGGAAUUUUAGAAGUAUGGAAUUGCAACAGAUUGACGAAUCUCUUCUCAUUAUCUACUGCCAGAUGUCUUUUGCAGCUACGAGUAAUGGGAGUGCGGUCUUGUCCCAACAUGGAAGCUAUUGUUAUAGAUGAAGAUCAAGACAGCAAUGAAGAAGUGGUUGAGUUCAAUCAGUUACGCUCCUUGAAGCUGGAUGGUCUACCACAUCUUAGAAGCUUUCGCAGCAACAUGAAGAAGGUGCCUCCAGGAACUGAAUCGAGACACAAGCAAAUAUUGACUGCAGAUGAGACAGCAUUUGAGGAAUUUCUGUCAGAGGAAUUAUCACUUUUCAACAGAAUGCAGGUUUCUUUCCCCAACUUGGAGGAUCUUCGACUAGACUCAGUUACUUGUGAAAAGAUAUGGCACGACCAACUUUCCGCAACUUAUUCAAACUUAAAAAGCUUGACUGUGACGAGAUGCGACAAUUUGAAGUAUUUAUUUACAACUUCAAUUGUUAAAAGUCUUUUGCAUCUCAAAAGACUUCAUAUUGGUGAAUGUCGUUCCAUGAAAGAGAUAAUACUGACGGAGGAAUCUAUAGAAGAAGAAGAUGAGAGGGUGAAUAAGAUAAUCUUCCCUAAAUUGGAUGUGCUGAGGCUUCGGCAUCUUCCAAACUUGAUUAGAUUCUGCAGUGGCUAUCAAAUUGAAUUUCAAUCUCUUAGAGACUUGAACAUAGAGGGAUGCGGUGCAUUGAUGUGUUUGGUCCCCAGUGUUCCACAUACAGACAUGAUGGCAAAACAAGUUUACACAGAGAAGAACCACAAUACUGAAAUUCAAUCUCUCUUCAAUGAAAUGGUUGCUUUCUCUAACUUGGAGAAUUUGAAUCUCCGGGAAAUGAAUGAAAUGAAAAGUGUAUGGCACAGCCAACUUGCGGCUAAUUCCUUCUGUAAACUAAAAUCAUUGGGUAUUUCUCAUUGCUCGAAAUUAAGGACUGUUUUCCCGUCAAAUGUCUUAGAAAGAUUCCAAAGAUUAGAGGAGUUGAAUGUACGAUUUUGUAAGUCUUUGCAAGAGAUAUAUCAACUUGAAGGGUUCAAUGUUGUUGAAGCAUUUGAGCUGAGAAAAUUAUAUAUACAGAGUCUGCCAUCGUUGAAGCAUGUGUGGAGGAAGGAUCCACAAGGAGUUUUCACUUUUCAAAAUUUGAAAUCAGUUGAAGUUUCAUAUUGUGGUGUUCUAAAAAAUCUCUUUCCAGCCUCCAUAGCCGAGAGUCUUUUGCAACUUGAAAAUCUUACAAUAAUUAAAUGUGGGGUUGAGGAGAUUGUUGCAAAGCCAGAAGAUGUGGAACCAGCCCCUUAUUACUGUUUUAAGUUCCCUCAAUUAACCUCCCUUAAACUUAUUGAACUAUUAGAACUGAGGAGUUUCUAUCCAGGGACACAUAUUUCUGAGUGGCAAAAAUUGAAAUGUUUGGAAGUUCGUAAUUGUCGCAAAGCAAGGAAAUUUGGUCUGGAAGAAGGACAUGAAGAGGGCCAACACAGCAUUCCAAUUCAACAGCCCCUUCUAUUGUUGGAAAAGAUGAGUCCCAACUUGGAGGAAUUGACUUUGGAGCACAAGGACUUGAUCGCGAUACAGCAUCGUCAAUUGUCAUUUCAGCACUUUUUUAAACUCAAAGUUCUUACUUUGAGCAACUUGCAGAAUAGAUCACAACUUUUUCUUAUUGGUUUCCUUAAAACAUUAUAUUAUGUGGAUACAAUUGUUGUAGAAUCUGGUAAUUUAGAAGAGCUGUUCUUAUGUGAAGGAUUUACAUUGGUGAAAAAUUUAAAGCUAUCCACUGUUGAUAAUUUGAAGCAGAUAUGGGACGUAGACUCCAGACUGAAACCAGUUCUUCAGCAUCUUGAGACUCUGAGUGUAAACCAUUGUAACAGUUUGAUCAACACUGUACCAUCGUCAUCAUCUUUCUUAAAUCUAGCAACUCUUGAAGUGAGUUCCUGUGAAGGAUUGGUAAACUUGAUAACAGUGUCUACUGCCAAGACUAUGGUGCAACUAACCAAAAUGAGAGUAAGUUGUUGCAAUAAGAUGACAGAAAUAGUGACAAGCGAUGGAGAUGAUCAUAGAGAGGAUGAGAUUAUUUUCAGCAAAUUGCAAAUUUUGGAACUUACUCAUCUAUCUAGUCUUAUCAGCUUUUGCUCAGGGAAUCACGCCUUCAAUUUCCCAUCUUUAGAAAAUGUUAAAGUUAAUAAAUGCUUACAGAUGAAGAUUUUCUCUUUUGGAGUUCUAAACACACCAAAGCUACGAGGAAUACGACUGCAAAAUCAACAGCACUGGGAGGGAAACCUUAAUGCAAGCAUAGCAGCCAACCAAUUGAAGGUUCACCCAUAUUUUCAAGUAUCUCAAUUCCCUGCGCUCUGGCAUGGUGGAAUCCAAGGGAGACUCUUCCACAAUGUACAAUCGCUUACAGUGGAUAAAUGUGCAAUUUCUGAUAUACCUGUACCAGCCAAUCUACUACAGUUCUUAAACAAGUUGAAAAGCCUUCAAGUAGAAUACUGUGAUUCAGCAGAAAUAGUAUUUGAUUUGGAAGGGCUAUCUGUUGAUGAUGGGCACACUAAGCUACUUCCCCAACUAAGUAUAUUGCACUUAGCAAAUCUGCCAAUGUUGAGACAUUUAUGGAACAAGGAUCCUCUGGGAAUUUUAGAAUUCCAUAACCUAAGGUUGCUCCAUGUUGAAAAUUGUAACAGCUUGAAGAAUAUAUUUACUUGGUCGACAGCGUUGUGCCUUAUGCAACUUGAAGAGAUUAAGUUAAGCAAUUGUAACACAAUUGAAGAAAUUAUAGAAAAGGAGGGACCAGAGGAAGCAACUUCUUCCGCUGAUAAGAUGAUACUGCCUUCGUUGAAACUCGUAGACCUUGAAUGUUUGCCUAAAUUUUCAAGUUUCUAUUCAGGAUCGAGUAAUUUGGAAUGUCUAUCAUUGAAAAAGUUGAGCAUAUGUGAAUGUCCAAGCAUGAAGAAUGUCUUUGGCACACUCCUGAGGUUACAUAGACCCAAAACCAAUGAUGAAGGGAGAGAGCAAAGGCUAGACAAUGAAGGGUUUGAUACUCCCCUUACAACACCUUUUUAUCAUAAGAUGUUUCCCAUUUUGGAAGAGUUGUCAUUAGACAAGAAGUCUGCCAUAACCAUACUGCAAUCUCAAUUUCCAACUGACUUCUUUUCCCAAGUGAAAGUUCUUCAAUUGCGUUGCUUUCCAAACAAAUCUCUUGUUCCUUUGUUUAGUUUACUUCCAGGAUUUCCCAAUCUGCAAAAUCUUGUAGUCCUUGAUUCUUCUCUCAAGCAGCUAUUUCCAUUUGAAGGAUUCGUCGGUGACCAAGAAGAUACCACUGCAUUCCCACCGAUAAGGGCUUUAAAGCUUAAAAAUCUUGAUGUUUUCCGAAGUCUGAAAACUCUGAAAUUAUGUAGAUGCGACACAUUGAUAAAUAUUGUUACAUCUCCUACAUCCAAAAGUAUGGUACAACUUGAGACAUUGACUGUAAAAUCCUGCAAUAUGUUGACCGAAAUAGUAGGAGGCGAUGAAGGGGUCGGAAUUGGAUCAACAGAUGAGAUUGUUUUCAGCAAAAUGAAAACAAUAGAACUUGAAGAUUUACAGAGCCUCACAAGCUUCUGUUUGGGCAGUUACACUUUCAAAUUCCCAUCAUUAGAACAAUUAACUGUUCGUAAAUGCCCCAAGUUGAGGAUUUUCACUGCUGGAGUGUCAAGCACGCCAAAGUUACGCGGUGUAUUGGCAGGCUGGUACGACGAUCGAAAAUGGCAUUGCGAAGGCAAUCUCAAUGCCACCAUUGAACAGCUUUACAUGAAAUAUGUUGGAUUUGAAUUUAUACGUGAAGUGCAGCUCUCCAACUUUCCUAUGCUGAAAGAAAAAUGGCAUGGCCAAUUUCCAUUCAAGAACUUGAAGCACUUACGAAAGUUAGUGGUGGACGAUUGUGCUUUUUUCUCAAAUGCCGUAUCCUCAAAUCUACUAAAGUACUUGUUCUUGUCAAAAAUGAAAAAUGAGCUGGUUGUAGAAAGAUGCGAUUCUGUAGAAGAGCUGUUUGAUUUGGAAGGGCUAAAUGCUGACGAAGGUGAUGUUGGGUUAUUGAAGUGUUUAAAUGAAUUGAGGUUAAUUGAUUUGCCUAGAUUGAGGCAUGUGUGGAACGAUGAUCCUCAAGGAAUUUUGAGCUUUAAAAACCUAACGUUGUUGCAAGUUCAGAAUUGUAGCAGCUUGACUAAUAUAUUUACUCUGUCCAUGGCUUCGGGUCUUGUAAAUCUCCAACAUAUGGAAUUAAAAAGAUGUAUUUUGGUGGAACAUAUAAUCACAAAAGAAGCAGACGAGGAAGUAGUGAAAGAUAAGAUCAUGUUUCCAUCAAUGAAGUCCAUAAGUCUCGAGUGUUUGCCCAACUUGUCAAGUUUUUAUUCUGCAAGGGAUUUUCUGAAAUGCCCAUCCUUGAAAAGAAUUGAUAUGGUUGGCUGUCCAAACAUGGAAUUAUUAGCUUCAAAAUUUUGUGAGGACCAAGAUCUAAGCAUGAUUGCUGAGGGAAAUGAAGAAGGAAUUCACAAUGGGGACUUUGUUUUUUCCAUUGCAGCCUCUUCUGGCGGGAAGGUUGCGAUCCCAAGUUUAGAAGAAUUGAGAGUGGAAUAUAACACCAUGAAGGAUAUGUGGUCUCAAGCUGAUUUCUUGUCUGGACUGAAAGGCAUUGAGCUAACCUGUUUUUCCAAUGACUCUACACUUUUGCCAUCUUAUUUCUUUCAAAGUUUACCCGAUCUGGAGAAGCUUGUUCUGAGUGAUGCUUCUUUCGAAGAAAUCAUUUUUCAUGAAGAGAUUAUUAGCAAGGAAACGCGUGCUGGACUUGUAAAAUUGAAAGAACUAAGGCUGUCUAAGCUGCCAAGGCUCAAGCAUCUGAUGGACGCUAAACUACUCACAGUUUUUCAAUAUCUGAAGACUUUAGAAGUACUGGAAUGUGGCAGACUGGAAAUUUUAGUGCCAUCCUCAGUUUCUUUCCAAAAUCUCAAAACACUGGAGGUAUCAAAUUGCCAUGGUCUAGUAAAUCUAAUAUCUUCCUCAACAGCGAGAAGUCUUGAACGACUUAGAAAAAUGAAGAUAGAGAAAUGUGGACUGAUCCAAGAAAUUAUAGUGACUGAAGCAGAUAAAGAUGAAGAAGAGAAGAUUUGCUUCGGUCAACUAAAAUGUUUGGAACUUCAACAUCUACCAAGCCUCUCUAGCUUCUGCUCUGGUAAUUCUACCUUCAGUUUCCCUUCUUUGGAAGAAGUGAUCAUUAUAGAAUGCCCCAAUAUGAAGAUUUUUGCGCAAGAAGUCUUGAGCGCGCCAAAGCUAUGGAGAGUUCAAACAGGAGAACCUAAAUAUAAAUGGGAAUGGGAAUGGGAUUGGGAACGGAAAUACCACAACUUCUCAAAAAAAAAAUAUUUAUGCGAAUGGGAAUGGGAAGGCAGCCUUAAUAACACCAUUCAAUCAUUAUUUGUGGAAAUGAAAGCUAAAGAGACGGGGAUAGGCCAGUGUUCGUAUGCAAAAGCUUGAAUAAGGCUGAUGUUCUAUGAGAUUUGUGACACCGAUUAACUAAUAUUUUUCCAGUUGAAGGUAGUACAAUCAGAAACUCAAACAGCUGAGAGAACCACCACACAGCAAUAUUAUGUAGAAGAUACCCAUCUAAGUCAAACUCAUUUUCAGCUGGUAAUACACCUACCUGCUGCUACAAAAUUGAAGAAAUUUUGACAAAAAAUGCUUUGGCACUAGUGCUCAAGCCUUAAGGGGUUGUAACAAAAUUGGAGGAUGCUUAUUUAGGACACGAGAGAUGGAUACCAGGUCCACCGAAAGUGGAGAAGCUUCAAUCAGUGUAUAAUGCAGCAACUUUAGCAGAUAAGAGAAGGUAGAUUUCAACAUUCGAUCAAUGCUUGGUCCGUGAAUGUUGAAUGUCCUUACAGGGAAUAUUCAAGCAGAUCGCCACUGAAUUUUUGUGAGGUGUUUGUUAAGGAUCGUGAUCAAUCUAUGGGCUAGCAGGAAAUGGAUAAAACCUGGGUACAAUGUGGGUUUAUACUAAAAGAAUUAGAAGAGCUGGUGGAAGGAUGAAAGAAGAUUACAUAAACAGGAUGGAAGGCUCUGGAGAAGGGACACUGGCAGCAGUAACAAAACAGGGGAAGAGCUGGAAAUGGUUAGCAUGUGUGUUACUCUGUUAGAGGGAAUUAAGGAGGGAAGGCCACCUAGAGAUGCUAACAGAAAAGGGGAUCUAAAUCCAUCAUAUAUAGGGACUGUUUCACUUUCAGCAGCUAAACGAGAGAAGAUUUUUGUUAUUUGGCAGCCGUCGGCUGGGGCUAACUUGGUUAGCAAGUGAAUUAGUUCCUGAGGGAUGCUUGACAACCAUUUCUUUCUCUUUCGUUUCUUUAUUUUUGAGUUGAAUUGAAAUAGCAGAAGUUUGUAAUUGCUAAACUAGAACCAUUCCUUCUUUUACCGAAUAAAUACAAGUUACAUUAGUUUCA